UUUUUUUUUUUUAUUGGUUUCUCACUCAAGAUAUUGUUUUUGCGGCUUAACAUGGGGGUCCCAACAUACCAAAUGGCAAAAAAGCCAAAAACCGAAAGAAAGCAUGUAACCGUUAUAAACCCAUGUUCUCCCCCAAAUAAAACCCACCCACGCGCCCAUUCCUCAACCGUUCGAACCCCAUUUUCCCACCACCACCACCGCCUCUCUCUCUCUCUCUCUAAACCCACGAACUCAACCACCUUCAAGAACUCCCCACAACUUCAAUUCCCACACUAACCUCUCCUUCUACACCACCCAUUGAUUCAAGAAAAUCUCUCUCUCCCUCUCUCUCUCUCUCUCUCUCUUCCCUAAACCCAUGAACUCAAACCACCUUCAAGAACUCCACAACACUUCAAUUCCCAAAAAAAACAUCGCUUUUCAGCACCGCCCAUUGAUUCAAGAAACUCAAGGAAAAAAAUGCAUCCAAGAAAGCUCCUUGUUUUCUCCCUCUUCUUCUCCAUCCUCUCCAACUUCCCACGCUCACCAUUACUACUGGUCCGCUCGGAGAAUCUCUCCUUCGACUUCCCGUCUCUCUCCCUCCGCAACCUCACCCUCCUCGGCGACUCCUACCUCCGCAACGGCGUCAUCGGGCUGACCCGAGAACUCACCGUCCCUUCCUCUAGCUCCGGAUCCGUCAUCUUCAACGACCCAAUUCCUUUUUACCAACCCGAGUCCAACACCACUUCAUCUUUCUCCACAAGAUUCUCCUUUUCCAUCACCAACAUCAACCCGGCGUCGUUCGGCGACGGGUUAACCUUCUUCCUGUCGCCGGAUAACCAGACUCUGGGUAGCUCCGGUGGGUACUUGGGUCUUGUCAAUUCGAGCCGAAUCACGAAAAACAAGUUCGUGGCAAUCGAAUUCGAUACGAAAAAAGAUGCCCAUUUUGAUGACCCGAAUGACAACCACGUUGGACUAGACAUCAAGAACCUAGUUUCAAUAGAGACAGCAAACCCUGAUUUGGAUCUCAAGAGUGGGGAGUUAAUCACUGCUUGGAUUGAUUACAAGAGUGGUUUACACAGGUUGAAUGUGUUCUUGAGUUAUUCAAGUUUCAAGCCAAAUUUCCCACUUUUGUCAGUUGAUAUUGAUCUCUCUGAUUAUCUUAAAGAUUAUGUCUUUGUGGGUUUUUCGGCUUCUACUGAAGGAAGCACAGAGCUUCACUUGAUUGAGAAUUGGAGCUUUCACACAUACGGGUUUCUCCCGACUUCGGGUCACAAUGUAUCAGAUAGUUCUGUGAUUGCGCCACCAAUUCCUGAUUCGCCCAAUAAGCAUCAUAGGAGGAUUGGAUUAGCACUCGGGAUCGCAGGGCCGGCCUUUUUCUGCGCUUUUCUGGUGAUUUUUGGGUGGGUUUCUGUUCGGAAAUGGAGAGGAGUCAGAAUGGAGAAGAGCUUCAAAGCAGAGCUUAUGACAGGGCCAAGACAGUUCAAUUACAGAGACUUGAAGUUAGCCACAAGGGGGUUCCAUUCGGGCCGGGUCGUGGGCCGGGGAGCGUUUGGCACCGUUUAUAAAGCCUGUUUUCAGGAUUCGGAUACUGUCUUUGCAGUGAAGAGAUCAAAACAUAAUAACCAUGAAGGAAAAACAGAAUUCAUCGCGGAAUUGUCGAUUAUUGCUUGUUUGAGGCACAAGAACUUGGUUCAGCUCCAAGGCUGGUGUGUUGAGAAGGGAGAAUUGCUACUUGUUUACGAGUUUAUGCCCAAUGGGAGUCUUGAUAAAGUCCUGUACCCAGAAACUGACCAGGGCAAUCCCCUUACAUGGCUACAUAGAUACAAUAUUGCAGUUGGGUUGGCCUCUGUAUUGACAUACCUGCAUCAAGAAUGUGAGCAGCAAGUGAUACACAGAGACAUAAAGACUAGCAACAUAAUGCUAGAUGCGAGUUUCAACCCGAGGCUCGGCGAUUUUGGAUUGGCCAGGCUUAUGGAUCAUGAUAAGAGCCCUGUUUCAACACUGACCGCUGGAACUAUGGGGUACUUAGCUCCUGAGUAUCUUCAGUACGGAAAAGCAACAGAGAAAACUGAUGUUUUCAGCUACGGAGUGGUGAUUCUUGAAGUGGCAUGCGGAAAAAGGCCGAUCGAUAGGGAAAUUUGUAGCCAAAGGAUGGUGAAUUUGGUUGAUUGGGUUUGGGGGUUGUAUUCUGAAGGGAAGGUGAUUGAGGCGGCGGAUGAGAGGCUUAAGGGGGAGUUCGAGGCAGGGAACAUGGAGAAGCUUUUGCUUCUGGGUUUGAGCUGCGCGAAUCCGGACAGCUUGGCGAGGCCUUCUAUGAGGAAGGUUUUGCAGAUUUUGAACAAUAAGGCUGAGGUGGUUGUUGUGCCAAAAUUGAAGCCGAGUCUCAGUUUCUCCUGUGGAGUAUCAUUGAGUCUUGAAGACAUCGUUGCAGACGUGGAAGAGGAAAUUCAGACACCGGGGCCCAUGUAUGAGAUCAAACUUGGGUGAAAUAGGAAUAGCAGUGGUCAUGUUUCCUUUUGAUACUAAUGUAGAGUUUGAUUCUUCUCAUUCUUCUGUUUUUCUUUUUGUUGUUCAUAGGGAGAAAUAGUGUUUGUUGUUUUUCAGUUCUGUUCAGCAGUGUCUAGAUGAAAUAAGUUCAUCGGCCCGAGUUCAAAGCAAAUUCACAUUGAACUGUUUGGUUUUCUGCUGUAAUGCUGAGGACUAAACGGCUAUUGAUCUGGUCUUCCACUAUAGUGUACCUAAUCUACAAAAUUUUGGCCUGUUUUUGCUUCUUUAUUGCAUCUUAAUCUCAUGGGGGAAGAAGAAAGUUGAUGUCAUGUUUCCUGUUUA